AUGACCACAACAACUCCCGCCACUGCAGCUGGGACCAACAACAACAUCCGGCCGAAACAGCAGCUGUAUCAACCAGGGAGAGCCACCACGUCGACGGCGCCGGCGGAUGGAGCUCCUGUGUACGCUGCAAACAAUCGACCAAGAAGAUCGUCGCGAGGGCGGCGGGUCUCCGGAGUGGCUGCAGCAGGGGGGCAGCAGCAGCUCGCGUCGACAUUCAUCAAUACUCCAGUGAUGUCGGGAGCAGCGCCAGCUGGUGCUGGGCAGCUCGCGUCGACAUUCAUCAAUAUUGAUAUUCCAGUAUCGACGGGAGCAACGCCACCAGCAGGUGGGCAGCUCGCGUCGACAUUUAUUGAUGUACCAGCAUCGAUGGAGGGGCAGGAGGACGAAAUAAACUUGAGCUAAAGUAGUGGAGAAAACUCAUCUUCAUGGCGGGCCGCUGCCGGGAAGAUUUUUCGAUGCAAGACACGAGAUUAUUGAUGCACGGGAGUUCAUCUAGUUGUAGUUCUCCCUCGGCCCACCACCCGAAACGGCUUCUGCUUUCCAUUCUUCUGC